AUGGAAGCCUUAGAGGAGAUAGUUCCAUUUCUUUCGAAAACGGCGCGCCUUGAUCUGAGAGUGGUAUCAGUAUCGCACGUGCUCGGUCUUACUGGUUCCGUCGAUGGAAUAGCGCUGUUGGUACAGAACGAAACACUUUUAACUAACUUGCUGGAUCUGACGAACGAAGAAUCCGUUGCUAAAGAUGCAGUGCUGUGUUUCGUUAACAUCACGGCAGAGGAAACUGGAGCCACUGUGGUAGUAGAUAAGUUAUUGGAUCGUUUGGUUCCGCUAGCCUACCAUGCCGUCUUGGACGAGAACUCAAAACUAAGUGAUGCCUGGUGCAUGGUUCUAUGUAAUAUCACACGUCCAGAGCAGCUGGUCGAAACGGUCGUGGAACGUUUACUCGCCAUAGAAUAUUGCCUAGAGAAAUUGACUACCUGUUUCACACGGGUGAACUACAACAAACAAAAGUGCCACCUGAAUUACUUAGGGCCACUGUUCAGCAACGUAUCACAGAGUAAACUGGGCCGUGACGUGUUUUGCUGUGGAAAGGCAGGACUGCUGGGACGAUUGCUACCUUUCGUGCAUCACGAGGGCAGUAUUGUGCGUCGAGGUGGCGCCGUGGGAUUACUUAAGAACGUCUGUUUCGAUUCCUCCGUGCACGAGUGGCUGCUGAGUGAGGAUCUGGAUGUUUUACCAUUCAUCCUGUUACCCCUCGCUGGUCCUGAGGAGCUCGACGACGAAACAAACGACAGGCUACCAGUAGACCUGCAGUACCUGGGACCAGAUAAGAAGCGAGAAGAGGAUCCGGAUGUGCGCAAGAUGCUGGUGGAAUCGCUGGCGCAAUUGUGUGCAACGCGAAAGGGUCGUGUAUAUCUCAGGGAUCACGGUGCGUAUGAGAUCCUUCGCGAGCUGCAUAAAUUUGAGUGCAGUGCAGAGGGCGAUAAAGUCGUUCUUACCGCAGUCGAGAAUGUGGUUGACAUUUUGAUACGAACGGAGGAAGAAAUCGGUGAGGAUAAUCUGAAGCAGCUGGAAAUCCCCGACGAUGUAAAAAGCAAGAUCCAAACAAUGAGUGAUGAAGUUGAAAAAUAG